UUGAUUAGCUGGUAAAUCAGAAAAAGAAGCAGGAAUAGAAAAUUGAUAUUGUGGUUGGUGAAUGAAAAAGGGAUAUGGUGGAGUGGGAAGUUGAAGAAGCAAAGAAGAGAAGAGAUGGGAAGAGCAGAGUGGUGGGCUUCUAAUUGGUGUUCCUACAAACGUACCACCAUUCUUGUUUGUUCAAUUAACGUUUUUGUUGCUCUCUAUGUGCUUCAUUCAUACACUUCACCAACCAUCAAUGCUUUUAGGUAUACUCCAGAUCAGCUUACCAAAAUGGAAGACUCCAAUCGAAUAAGAAAACAACUACAACCUCUGCAACUUAUUCAACUAAUAAACGGAUUAAAGCAAGAAUUUUUGGUUGAUGAAAAUGUGCUGCAAUUGCCACACCAAAUUAAACAGAAGAUAUCAGAUGAAAUACUAGCAGCAUUGAAACAUGUCAAUGCCCGUGACAAUGCAACACUGCAACGAAAUGAAAGUUGGCGCGGAAAAAAAUUAAAAGAAGCCAGGGAGCUUGUUAAUAGGAAGACAUCAAAUUCAACUAUUGCCCCCGAGGAAGCUGGUCUACUUGCACAAAUUUUGGAUGUUGACUGGGCUGAGCUGUCAGAAGAAAUAGGUCUUUGGAUACCUGUUGCAAUAAUUAAUAAGGAGCAUCAUGACAAACCUGAGGGUGAAGAAGAAUUUGACAAUGAAAUCAUAGCUAGCAUGCGGCUUCCUCCUGAGUGUAACGUUGAACUUCAUACGGAUUACGGUGGAGAUGCAGUCAGAUGGGGACUUACCCACCUUAAAGAAUCUGUAUUUGAGUGUUGCAUAGCCUGUUUGAAUCAAGCUAAGAACGCUGGACCCAAUGAUAAGAAAUGCAACAUAUGGUUUUAUUGCCCAUCUGAGAAUGGAUGCUAUUCUCCAGAUAUUUAUCAACACAAAAAUCAAGAAUGCUGGCUGAAAUAUGCAGAGAAAGCUAAAUCAACUUUUAAGGACCAAUAUUCUGAGUCAUUCAGAAAUGCACACCCAAAUGCACCAGUUGUUGUUCCAUGGAUGUUUGGUGUUGUCAGUGUUUAAAUUUCCACUAACAAAAUAGAAACUAAGCCUUGAUGCCAUGGUUCUUCCAUGGUGUUACGGUGUCAUAUAAGGUUCCACGUCAAGCCACUGUAGCUUCAGAUAAUUGUGCAAUGAGAUUUAUUGAACCACAUCUUCUAAGCAUAACUGCUUCUCUCUCUCUCCCUCUCUUGUAUCAUCAAGAGGAACAUAGAUCUUGGACCAGAGUGUAACAUUCUUUUGUAUCACAUGGUGGAUAGAGUGGUAAUGAUAGCUUUAAGUUAGAAACUGAAUGUGCCAAGGAUGUGGUGAAAAUAUUUGAAAUCUUUUCAUUUUUUUAUUUUUACUCUGCCUCACCCCUACCCCAUCCAUCUUUUUUCACUUGAUGGAUGUAAUAUCCGAAUUGUGACAUUAUUGGUA